AUGCCAGUGGCUCGUGCGCGGGAGUUCACUGACAAGUACCCGGGAUCCGUGCAGCUGCACCUUUCGAGACGUUUGAAGACGGGCGCUACGCACAUUAAUUUUGCGUCUGCCACUGCCAGUGGCAACAUUUCCAGCCUAGUCACGUGCAUUUUUUACUUCGGUCACUUUCGUACAUUGAUGAUUCCAUCUGAAGAAACGUUGGAGAAGCUGUCCCAGGUCGCUGUCAAAGGUGCUGAAUAUGACUCCCCCGAACGCCAGCCACAUCCGAAAUGUUUGGAAGGGACCAGGGUAAACCUUCUCAACAACAUCCACCGAUUAUUAGACAACCGGGAGAAGAACCGACUUAUUUGGUUGCAUGGCAUGGCAGGCAUUGGAAAGUCUGCCGUCGCGUUCACCGUGGCUGAGAGGAUGAGAGCUCUCAGUUUCAUUUCAGACCACGCAACUAACGAGAGGCGGCUCGCUGGAUCGUUUUUUUUUCUCGCGCAAGCACACCACACGGUGCACGACUGCGUCCGGGAGGACGUGAACAGAUCUAUACACAAGGAUCCCGCUCUUCUAGGCCCCGACAAGUCACUUCGCGAACAGAUGAAUGCGCUGUUUCUGCAACCUCUCCGGAGACUUCGUUUCAGACUAAAGGAGUCCUUGGUAUUUGUUAUUGACGCCAUUGAUGAAUGCACGUCCGAAACCGAGCUUGCUGAUCUCAUCUCCCUGCUUGGUCAAGCCCUUCGUGAACCUAAUCUCCCCGUAAUCCACAUUCUACUCACAAGUCGCUUGGAAGCACAUAUCCGUGAAGCCAUCCAGAAAUUAGAGGUGCGGCUUGCGGACGAGAUACCGGGGGCCACCAUCAUCUCGUUAGACGGAACAGAUGUCGACCAAGACAUCUAUACUUUCUUGGAUUAUUCCUUCAGACAGUUGCAACUUCGCUAUCUAGAUUUCCCUCCACCAACAAGGGAUCAACUUGCGCGGCUUGUUAGCCGAACCGGCAGACGUUUCAUCGUGGCAUCUACGAUGAUCAAGUUUAUCGUCUGCGAUGGAUACAAAGACCCCCGUGAUCGCUUUCAGCUCAUCCUCGAGUUAAAAUGCGACUUUCUACCAGGAACGGAGGUGUACGAGUUAUACGACCUUAUCCUUUCCACAUGUGCCAACCCCAAGCGGGCAUAUCAGCAAUUGUCCAUUGUUGCUACCCUUAAAGACCCUCUAUCCAUCCCACAACUCUCGAAACUUCUCGGGCCUGGUCAGGGCAGUGAUGUUGAGGAAGUACUAGUGCAGUUACGGCCAAUCAUGGAAAUUCCUAUCGACAACCACCUUCCUGUGAAUAUUUGUCAUUCGUCCGUUCGUGACUACGCUUCGGACCCCUCAAACUGCAGCCUUCCUGAAACAUUCCAGAAAGCACGACCCUCCUUAAUGCCCUCUCAGCAUUGA